CUGAAUCUAAUAAAAGAAAAGAAAAGAAAAGAAAAGAAAAGUAAUCAAGAAAUCAAGAAAUCAAGAAAAUGAGUCAUCAAACUAGAACUUCAACUUCAACUUCAACUCAAUCUCAAUCACCAUCAUCAACUUCAUUAGAUUAUUCUCAACCUCAAUUAGAUUUCAUUUUAAACAAUUUAACUUCUCAUUCUCAUUCUCAAUACGAUCAUCAUCAUCAAAACAUUAUCAUUUCUAAUCAACAACAACAACAACAACAACAACUAAACUCUAAUCUAUUUCUUCAAGAUCUUAAUCAUCACAUCUUACCUCAUCAUUCAUUUCCAACUUCAGAUCAUAAUCAAUCAACUUCAACACAACAACAACAACAACAACAAAACCCUUCAAAACAACUUCAAUCACUCAUACCACAAUACCUUCAAUCGGAUGAUUAUCUCAGAACUCACUUUCAAUCAAAUCAUCACUCUUCUCAGAACAAUCCAAUCAUCAACUCUUCUAUACCAUCUCAAUCAAAUCUACAUUCUCAUCCUAUCUCAGAAAGCAAGCUAGAGGUGGAUGCUAUCAAAAAAGCACUUUCAGUUCUCUCUCCUGAUACUCAACAAAACUUACUUUCUGUUCUCUUGGCUACUCAAUCUUCUCAAUCUAAUCAUCAACCUCAAAGAAAUGAUUCUAUUAAACCUUCCAAUCAACCCACCGCCACCACAUUACUUCAAGAUCACCUUUUUCAACCCGAUCGGCCUUUCAAUCUACCUGCACCUUCCGAUCACGAAUCUCAAUCUUCUCCUGCUGAUGAAUGGAACUUGCCACAUCGAUCCUCACGUCUACUUCAACAUGAUCACUCUCAACCUACAAGUCCGGUCCUGUCUGAUAUGCAAACGAGCUCAUUCCAUUUACCUAGAGACUCUAAUGUGAUCACACCACGUGUGUCACCCAGCUUGACACCUCUCUCUACAUAUUCAACUAGCUCACACCAAAGUAACUAUCUCUCCGAUGCAACCUCGAUAUGUUCUCAGGCUUCCUUUCCUUCUUCCUCUGCGCCUGUCGAGUUAUUCUCACCUCUCACUAGUCCUGCUCUCAGGCCAGAAGGUUAUCCGUGUACGACCUCUAAUAGAUCUUCAUCAAAUCCUACAAACGUUCAUCUCAACAUGCCUACAUUGAUCAACCAGGCUGCUGCCUUGGGACUCUCUAGCCACCAAUCUUUUCCAAGUGCAGAUCAGAUCCUUUCAAUGACUUCUCGCGCUGACAGGCAUGAUGGAUUUGUCAUGGGAGCCCCGCCUCGUCCAUCUAAUCAACAGCCGACGUCUUACUCUCAACAAAUUCAUAACCAAGGAACUAUUCCUUCGAACCAUCAUGUUCAUCAAGCCUUGUCCGAUUCGACUUAUACCUCUCCUUAUCUAACGGCCGAUACUACUGCCAUUGGUAAUAUCACAAGUAGUCCUGUCAUCCAUGCUACUACGAGCUCAACAAGAUCAGUCUCUGGAAAGCAAAGGGCUCCACGCACCCUCAAAAGUCGACCUACUCCUCAUCCGCAGAACAAACCGAAAUCAAUGUCAACUGAUGAAGGGCCUAAUCGAUCCAAACGAGCCAAGAGCGUUACCUCUGGUUCGGUAGCUAGUAGUCCAGUGAUCAAUCCGAAGCACUCCAUGAGCUUAACCAAUACACCGCUAUGUUUCGGAUCUAAUUUCAAUGGCUUUCCAAUGGGUUCUAAUAAUCUUCUAGGAGACUCGCCUAGUCCAGUUGAUCUGAUGGCCACCAAUGAGAUAGAAAGCACUUCGAUCCCACCUACGAAUGCUACAAAGCCUGGAACAGCUCUUCCUCCAGCUACGAUGUCUGGAAUGUUGAGUUUAUCAAAUAAUACGAAUAAACGUCUUCGACCGCUCACACCAGCUGGGAUCAUGAAUCUUGGACACAACACGACCACUUCAACGAAUCAGAAGAGAGGAUCUAAUGAGUCUUCUAAGAUGGACUUGGAUCCCACGAGAUCAAGUGUUCAAACCACUGAGAGGAUGGAUACUGAUCUUGGAUCACUUUCUCAACACACUAUGAUCUCUUCACCAAUCCAAACUAGGUUCGAUCAAUAUCCAACACAGGCUACGACAAAUGGGAAUGGGCCGAUUGACUAUACCAAAUCGUUUAAUAUGUUGGAUGUACCUAGUGCAGUACAUCCGGUAGAAAACAGUAAUUUACCCAGCGGUUCAAAUGAUCCAAGAUCUCAGGCAGGACUUCCAAAUGGUACGACUACGACAACAAAACUCAAUAAAGAUGUAGAUGAGCAUAAGAAGAAAAAUCAAACAGGAGGACUAAAGAGAGCCUCUUCAAGUUCAACCACAAACUUAUCACUCUUACCACCCGAGAAUCGUCGAAGUUCACAUAAGAUAGCCGAGCAAAGACGACGAGAUAGUUUAAAGAUGUGUUUUGAGGAUUUAAGACAGAUCUUACCACCGAUUCAUUGGUCAGAAGAUGAAGAUCAAGUACGUAGACCAGGAGAAGGGAAUGUAGGAGGACAAAGAAACCAAACUAGUUUUGAUCCUAAUCAUCCCAAUAAAGGGAUCAGUAAGGUAGCCUUAUUGAGAAGAUCUAAUGAAUAUAUUUUAACACUUCAUCAAAGAUUGAAUCGAAGAGAUGAGAUGAUUAAGAUGAUGAUGGAACGGAUUCGAAAGAUUGGAGAAGGAGAAAGUGGUGGUGCUAGUGGUGGUACGACGACGACGUUUGGAUUGAUUGAAGAAGGAUUAAGAUUGAUCGAAUUGGAAAAGAUUGAAGAUGAAGAAAGAAGAAGGAAAGUGAUGGAAAUGAAUUGUGGCGAAGAGAUGAUGGCUCAUCAUCAGGCUCAUGAUCAGGAUGAUGAACAACAACAAGAAGAAGAAGGAAAAGAAAAGAAAGAUUUAGAUGGUUUGAUGAUCAAUAAGAAGGAACAGGUUAAUGGGAAUCAAAAGAAUGGAAAUCGUCAAAAGAAGAAUGAGCUUGGAAAACCGAUGAAGAAGAAACCUAAUAGUAAAACUUUGAAUGAUGAAAUUGUCCUUUAA